AUGGGUUCGUGGGUUGUGAUUUACGCGAUAUUGUUCGUGGUAUUUCGAGGCGGACUCGGGGAAGCGGCUGACGGUCGAAAGCCCCUUUACGUCGGCGGGUUGUUCCCGCUCUCGGAAAAGGAUGGUUGGAGUCGGUUCUUUGGUUAUGGAAGCCUAAAAGGGGUUGAGCGAGCGAUAUCAGACAUCAAUAACAGGACUGAUGUUCUACCUGGGUACGAGUUAGUGCUGAUUUACAACGAUACUGAGGGAGAUAAAGUGACUGCUUUGAACAAGUUGUAUGACUUGAUAUACCAGCCUCCGACAAAGGUUCUCAUUUAUGGACCUCAUCUUUCAUCUGUUUCGGAGAGUGUAGCAGAAGUUGCUGGUCGAUGGGCACUAGUUGAGGUAAGUACACCCUCCUCAACUCCAGUCCUAAGUAAGAAGUUGAGAUACCCAUACGUGUACCGGAUGCUCGUGUCAGCUGCUGGGUUUUCUUAUGCACACGUGGAAAUAUUCCGGCAGUUUAACUGGACUAAUUUUGCAACCCUACAUGAAACGUCGGAGCCUCAUGCAGGGGUAACAGUUGUUCUACAACAACUUGCGGAGAACAACAGCUUAACAUUGAUCGCUGCGGAAAGCUUCCUAACUGAUCCUUAUGAAGCAAUGCAACGCUUAAAGGCCAGGGACGUUCGUAUAAUAGCGGCCAAUUUCUACGAGAGCGUCGUUCGCAAGGUCUUUUGUAGUGCUUACAAACUCGGGAUGUACGGCAAGAAAUACGUCUGGUUGAUUCCCGGUUAUUUUGCGGAGAAGUGGUGGCAAGUUGCGGACAAUGAGGUGACAUGCACCCCAGAUGAACUCAAGAGGGCCAGCGAGGGGUAUCUAACGGUCACGUGGAGUAUGUUUGGGCGCGAAGAGCUACCAACAAUAGCAGGAGUUACACCAGCCGAAUAUCGGCGUCAGAUGGAACCAGUCGUUGGCCGGUCCUUGUCAGUUACUGACCGCGGUACUGUGGCAGUCAGCUACGAUGGUAUGUGGGCUCUAGCACGGGGUUUACACGAGGCAGAGGCGGUGCUUGCCCGCCCGUUGGAUUCGUUCUAUUACGGGGACACCGAGUAUGCUGAUGCCGUGGGUCGGGCCGUCCAACGGCAGAACUUCGAGGGAGUCUCGGGUCACGUGUCUUUCUCGAAAGACGGGGAUAUUCUUGGUAUUCUGCUCAUAGAACAACACAGAGAUGGUAAUGAAACAGCCGUCGGAGCCUAUGACAAGGAUACAGAUACGAUGUAUUGGCUUGUGGAUACCAGUGAAAUAUGGUACAACAACGGUGGUAUCCCGCCCUUUGAUUCUGACACCACGAGGACUAUAACACUGCUUCGGGCAACACCGAUGCCUAUCAUGAUCACGAUGUGUGUACUGUCAUCCCUGGGUAUCGUCUUUGCAGUUUGUUUCUUUGUAUUCAACGUCUGGAAAAGGCAAAACAGACAAAUUAAGAUGUCAAGCCCUAAAGUCAACAAUCUGAUAGCAGUCGGGAUAACUCUAGCCUACUUGUGUGUUAUUCUAAUGGGGGUUGAUAUCUCUAUGGUGGAUAGUGAUACAUUGCUGACUGUCUGCACGACGCGGUCCUGGUUUCUUGCCUUGUGUUUUACCAUUGCUUUCGGAGGAAUGUUCACCAAGAUGUGGAGAGUGUACAGUAUCGUCAUCCAUAACAAGACCAAGCGAAAGGUUAUCAAAGACUACCACCUGUUCAUUAUCAUCGGUGUGUUGUUACUGAUCGAUUUCGUCAUCCUCAUACCGUGGCAGAUAUUUGAUCCGAUGCAGAUCGAAGAAGAGAGAGUUCUUAUUCCACAGACGGUUGACGACAUCGAAAUGUAUAGAAAGUACGAACAGCUUCACGUUAAAUGCACAUCAACAAACGACACUAUAUGGACUAUGGCGUUAAUCAUUUACAAGGCGUUUGUGGUUGUCUUUGGAGCGUUUCUGGCUUGGUCUACAAGAAAUGUCAACGUUCCAGGUCUGAAUGAUAGCUACUACGUAGGUCUCUCUAUUUACAACACUGUUAUAUGCUGUGUGGUUGCAGUUCCACUCUCCCUACUCAAUGUCUCUUCAAUCGGUGUGACCUAUGCCCUAGUUUCCGGUUUCUUGUUGCUAUGCACGACCAUGUCACUGUGUAUGCUUUUCAUACCGAAGGUUAUAGCAGUUUACAAGAAGAAUGCAGUUGGGGAUGGUGAUAGUCUCGUAGGCACCAUGGUUGGGACCAGUGUGGUAUCGACGCUACGUUGGUCGGUUCUGUACCUAACAGCUCAACCGGAAAUUCAGCAAAGAGUGCAGGGUGAACUUGACCGGAACAUUGGCAGUGACCCCGGACCUGUUUUAUCCGACCAGGCUAAGCUUAAAUUCACCUGUGCUGUUUUAUGCGAAGCACAGCGGCUAGGUUCCGUGGUUCCCUUUGUAGGUCCCCAUUACACCUCAAUAGACACAAACCUCUUCGGAUUCAACAUCCCCCGGAACACCAUCAUUAUUGGGGAUUUCUGGAACAUGAAUCGUGACACGAUGGUAUGGGAUAAAUCCGGCGAUCCGGAGCUGUUUAUCCCGGGGCGGUUCCUGGAUGAGCAAGGUGACUUUAACCCACGGAACAAACAGCUAACUCCAUUCAGCAGAGGUCGACGUUUGUGUGCAGGAGAAAACCUAGCCAAGAUGGAGCUGUUUCUGUUCCUCUCACAUCUCCUCCAGAAUUUCACUUUUACCUUUCCGGAGAACUCUCCCCCAGUAAGCUUCGAUGGACAGCUCGGAUUGACCCUUUCACCACAACCUUUCAAGAUAAUUGCCACUCAACGACUCACCCAUGCGGAUAAUUAA